CACUUCUCCCCCCGCUGCCUCCUCGCGCUUUCUCCGCUACUCAGAGCACCGCGAUGGCCUCAGCAACAGUAGUUCGCGAGCAAGCGACUCUCGCUCACGUGGGCCAGCAGUCCUUUCUCGAAAAGACCGCGAGCAGGACAAGUCUUGCCUCGGCCACCACGCGACCGACGCUGUCGUCCGUCUCACGCGUCAACUCGUUCCGGUUGAACGUGUCGUAUUCGGCUACGAACGCUGCUGCGUCUUUGUCGCUGCCGACGACGCCGCGUCCGGGUUCUCCGGCGGGCAGACGGCGCAUGUCGAGUACGAGUGGAGUGCGCGUCGAGCUGAGGAAUUUGGUGAAUAGCAGCAGUCCCAAUGGUGGAAUUACGCAAAACAUCAGAGCAUCUCGCUUCGGUGAACCCACAUUUUUCUCAUCACUAUCCUGCUACGCGCGUCGCGGCCUCUCCUUCAUCCUCUCCUUCUCCUUCCUCGGCUCCCUCAUGACCGCCGCCAUCUUCACCUACGCCCUCCAAAACCUCAAACACCUCCUCGUACGCGCAACAGGCGGUCCGCCCGCCCGCCGUCCGUUUGCCACAAUCGAGCGGCAGCGCGCGGCCCAGCGGACAAAGAAAGACCAUAAAGUCGUGCGCGAUAUCGGAUACUACGCCGGUCUGAUCGGCUUGAAAGUGUCGCAGUUCGAGGUCACGACAGAUGACGGGUUUAUCUUGCAGCUGUAUAGAGUUACAGAUCCUACUCUGUCGCAGGACCAGUUGAAGCAGCGGUAUCCUGUUUUGCUCAUCCAUGGCUUGCUGCAGAGCGCGGGUGCAUUCUGCGUGAAUGAGCAGGACAGCUUGGCUUUUUAUCUGUGCAAAUCCGGGUACGACGUAUGGCUAGGAAACAAUCGGUGCGGGUUCAAUCACAAGCAUGUCAAAUAUUCGUAUAACGAUCCUCGCAUGUGGGACUGGGACGUGCGCGAAAUGGGCACAAAAGAUCUCCCCGCGUUCGUCAACUACAUCGAAUCCCAGACCGGUUAUGAAAAGAUUGCUCUCGCUUGCCACUCCCAAGGCACCGCGCAAACGUUUCUUGCCCUGAGCCGGUAUCAUAUCCCUGAACUCGGGAACAAGAUCUCGGUCUUUUGCGCGCUCUCGCCGGCCGUGUACGCUGGUCCGCUCGUCGACCGUUCUUUCUUCAAAUUCAUGAGGUAUCUCCCCAACUCAAUCUACCACGCCUUCCUCGGAAUCCACGCAUUCAUCCCCGCCAUGAUCGACCUCCGUCUCCUGCUUCCCACGCGCGCACUCACAUUCUGCUCCUACGUGAUGUUCCACUUCCUCUUCGACUGGUCCGACGAGCGCUGGGAAAAAGCCCUCGAAGGCCGCAUGUUCCAGUUCUCGCCCGUGUACAUCAGCGCCGAGAGCAUGCGGUGGUGGCUCGGCAAAGACGGCUUCGCGACGCGGCGGUGUAUUUUCCCGCGCGACGACCCGGCCGAGAAAUGGUUCGACGGGCGGUGUCCGCCGGUCGCGCUCUGGGUCGCGGGCAGGGACUCGCUCGUGGACGGGCAGCGGCUGAUUGAGCGGCUGGAGAACGCGGAGCCGGACGUGGUGGUGGUGAAGACGGAGAUGAUUAAUGAGUACGAGCAUCUUGAUGUUUUGUGGGCGGUCGACGCGGUGGAUCAUGUGCAUAGAGGGGUGAAGGAGACGAUUUGGGAAACGGCGUGGAAGAGGGAGAAUUGUGUGGUGCCGGAUGGGUGUGUGGAGUUGUAGGGAGGUUUUAUAGAGUAGAGAGGAGUAGAUUGUUUUUAGGACCGGAUAAUGAACAGUGUUUGGACAGGUCGAUAGAUUUGCGUCGGGCAGGGCGCUUUUAAUGUUGUGUAUAGUGGAUGUUCUGAUAAUGAUACGAUUUGCAUCAAGA